AUGGAAAAUGUUCGAGCUUUAGAACUUUAUAGUGGGAUAGGAGGUUUUCAUUAUAGCGUUUUACAAACCCUAAUAAAUUAUGUCCAUUCUUCGAAUGUGAAUAUCAAAAAUACUAACAAUGGUAUUCCAUCAAACAACAGUGAAAACACUUCUCCUGCUGAUAUUUCAAAAAAUUUAAAAAAUGUUGUUCACUUUAUUUCAAUAGAUCUAAAUCCCAUUGCAAAUGAAACAUAUUAUCAUAAUUUUAAAGAAAAUACAAUUUAUUUAACCAAUAAAAAAGACAUAAAUAAGUUUUUUAAAAAUGCAUAUAAAUCUUUAAAUAGUCAGACUUCUUCAAAUACACUAAAAUUGGAAACAAAAAAAUAUAAAGAGGAAAAAAAUAUCAGUCAAAAUAAAAACACUAAUCAUAGUAAUAAUUAUAUCGACAAUAAUAUUAAAAAUAAUGAUAGCUAUAACAAUAAAUGUAGAGACUCGAAUUUUAUGUUUGAUUUAAACAAUAAGGAUUAUAUUCUUCAAACUGAUAUAAAUAACUUAACUACUGAAUUUUUUGAUCACUUUAAAUUUUACAUUUUAUUGAUAUCAAAUCCGUGUCAACCAUAUACAAGGUUAAACAAGAAUUUUAAAGAAGUAAAAAUAACGCAAUUAUAUAAUGAAAACAAUUAUAUAAAUAAUGAAUACCCAAAGGAAAAGUCCAAUAAUGAAUUUAUUAAUAAUGGUUCUGAGGAAAACGUACAAAACUGUACAAAUGAUAAUCACAAUAACAGUAAUAGUCAUAAUAGUGAAGGUGAAGAACCCGAUCAAAAUUAUUUUUUAAAUAAUUUGAAGAUUGAUAAAAUAAACCCUUUUGAUAUUGAAAAAGACAAAAGAACAUAUAGUUUUUUUCAUGUAUGUAAUUUGCUAAAAAAUAUGAAUGUUAAUAGUUUACCUAAAUAUAUAUUUAUUGAAAAUGUUAAAAAUUUUGAAUUAUCAUUUUCUUUUUUAUAUUUUAUAAAUUCUAUUAAAAAUAAUUAUAAUUUUCAAACAUAUCUUCUUUCUCCGUUGCAAUUUGGAAUACCGAAUGAGCGUCUUCGUUUUUACUGCAUAUGCAAGAGAAAAAAUAACAACACUGAUGGUAGUGAUUUAGAAAGUAAGCAAUAUGAACAAAAUAGCUUCCUAUCAUAUACUAAUUCACUAAAACCUCGAAAAUUUUUACCAUUAAAAAAAAAAAAUGAAAAAAACUUUCCCAUGUUUUACACACCAAAUUUAGCUACUUUUCUUGAUCAUAGUAAAAAAUAUUUUGUAACAUCCCCAAAAUUAAAUAGAGUAAAUAUUUUAAAUGAAAAAUUGCAAGACUUUGAAGUUGCUAAGAGCAUACUUCAAAAACAAUCAGCUUAUUGUUUUGAUAUUAUUGAUAUAAAUAAAAAUGAAAAUAUUUGUUGUUUUGAAGCAAAUAAUUACUAUAAUGAAAAAAACAGCUUUAUAAAUAAUUCUUGCAAUCAAAAUAGCAAUUUAAAGGUGACAAACAAUUUCAAACAAUUACAUGCUACCUGUUUUACAUCCAAUUACGCAAGAUUCAUAAACGGUUCGGGCUCGAUCUUGUAUUUUAAUAAUAAAGACGAACAAAAUUCACCAACUUACUCACAAAAUUAUUAUGACCAGUUAAGAAAAAUUGAUAUCCCAGCUAGCCAAAAUAUCAACCUUGCUGUUCAUAAUAAAAAUAAUUAUAAUAUCGAAGAAAAUGAAAUAAAAAAAUAUGAAAAUCAUGUUCGGUAUUUUACACCAACAGAAAUAUGUAGAUUAAUGGGUUAUAAAAUGCAUACAAAUAAAUUAACUGAUUUUAAUCAAAUUGAUAAAAAUAUUUAUGGAAAUAUAUACUGGAAUAUUGAUCAUAUUAAUCAUGUGUGUGCAUAUACAGACAAUAUUCAUUAUUGUGAUAUAACAGGUACUAAUAUGUGUAUAUUAAAUUUAAAUAGUAUUAAUACACCUAUAAAUAAUAGGAGGAAUAGUAAACAAAAUUAUAUUCAAAAUAAUUUAUGUUUAUGCCAUGAAUUUCAAUUUCAAGAAUUUUUAACAAAUAAACAAAAAUAUAAAUUAAUAGGAAAUUCUGUCAAUGUUACCGUUAUAUCUCUAAUUUUUCAAGCCUACAAUGUUUUUAAAGACAUUUUAAAUAUUACAACAAAAUAA